AUGUCAGCUAAUGAGACCCAGUUACAUGUUUUCGUCGACGCCAGCUCCAGUGCAUAUGCAGCUGUUGCCUAUUUGCGCAUAUGCAAGGGUAGUGCCGUCGAUGUUGUGUUUGUCGCAGCUAAGGCACGAUGCGCCCCGUUGAAAGGUAUGACGGUGCCUCGUUUGGAGCUGCAGGCAGCUAUCUUAGGAUGUCGCUUGUCCAAAUCUAUACAAGAAUGCCAUGAUUUCAUUAUUGAUCGAGUCGUCUUUUGGAGCGACUCAAAGACAGUCCUGUUGUGGAUUAGAUCCACCACGCGAGAGUACAAGCAAUUUGUCGCCAGCAGGAUUUCAGAGAUCAUCGCUUCAACCGAACCGUCUCAGUGGAGGUGGUUACCAACGUCACUGAAUGUGGCUGAUGAUGCCACGCGAGGUAAACCCGUGUCCGAGUUCGAGCCGAGUUGUAGGUGGUUAAAGGGUCCAGAUUUUUUGCAACUCGAGGAAGAAGAAUGGCCGCCAGAACCAGUUGAUUCUAAGUCCAGUGAAUGCGCCGCUGAAGAGAAAAAGAACGUCAUACUGCUCGUGUUGCCAAAAGAUGAGUAUAUCUUGAAUUUAAAUAACUUUUCAUCUUAUCUGAAGGUACUCAGAGUUAUGGGCUGGGUACUGAGAUUUACGUACAAUGCCAAAAAUCUACACCGUCGUAUAGGGGAAUUGAAACCCUUCGAAGUUACUGAAGCAGAAAAGGUCAUAUGCCGCCGCAUCCAGAAUGAAGAGUUCGCCGCCGAAUUUCUCCAACUGCAAUCAAAACGGACCGUUGAUAAGUCCAGUCACAUAUAUGCGUUAACUCCGUUUCUAGACGACGAUGAGUUAAUAAAGGUCAACGGCCGAAUUGAUGCAGCGUUUUGUCUCCCUAUGUCAGCUCGUCGUCCAGUAAUACUGCCGAAACAUCACUAUUUCACUCGUUUAGUUAUCACAUAUUGGCAUAUAAGGUUACACCAUCAAAACGACGGUUUGACCAUAAAUGAAGUUCGCCAAAAGUACUGGGUGCCACAUAUCCGUUCUGUAUUUAUGUCCGUAAAAAGAUCUUGUCCAACAUGCAAAGCUAACGCCGCCAAACCUGAUACGCCAAUGAUGGGUCAGUUGCCAGCAGAUCGCUUGACGCCAUAUGUUCGCCCGUUUAGUUACACAGGAGUCGACUAUUGCGGUCCGUUCCAGAUAGCCAUUGGUCGACGUCGUGAAAAGCGCUGA